ACAUAAUUCUUUUCCAUUUUGUGCAUUAUUGUCGGUAUUUCAUCAAACAAUAAAAUAAAAUAUUUUGGGAACAAAAAUAAUGUGUGUGUGUGUGUAUUAGAAAGUCUUAGAUAUAAUACAUUAAUCUAAGGUCUCUUUUUAAAAAAUACAUUAAAAAAUUGAAUAUCGAAAUAUAUGUAUAAAAUAAAAACAUUCUCGUUACAUAAUAUAAACACUAAAUAAGAAUUAUUUUUAAAUACUAAAAAUAAUAUGAUUUUAUAUGCAUUUAUGGAUAAAAAUGAAUUGAUCGCUUUCGCUGUUAACUACAGUUUGCACACACACGCACACACACACACACACACAUGCACGCACACACUCAUUUUUAUUAUAUUAUAUAAUAAAUACACACUAACAAUUUUAUUACGUAUAUAUUACAUAUAUCGAGUAUCGGACGCAAUCGCUUUCGCUGUUACAUUACAUUUUAUUUUGUAUGCACACACAGUCAUUUUUAUUAUUAUAUUAAUAAUAUACAUUUUGUUACAUAUACAUAUAUCCCCAGCUAGCAAACGCACAUGAUUUCAACGUCAAAUAAUAUCUUAUGAACGUCAAAUAAUGUGAUUUUAAAUGACGUGCAUUUGCUAUCUGGGUCGCGUAUCGGACGCAAUCACUUUUUCGCUGUUGCACUAUUUUGUAUACAUACAUUUAUUACACACAGUUAGUUUUAUUAUUAUACAAUAAUAAUACACAUAGGUUUUUUUUGUUACAUAAAAAAAAAAUUAUUGAGUAAUCAAUUUUCCAUGAAAACAAUUUAUUAUUCAUUUAAUUGUAUAUUGUACAAUUAACGAAUAAUAAAUAUUGAAAAAUAUUGUCUGCUCAUUAGAUGUUAAUAUAAACAUUUUUUUAAUGAUUAAAAGGGGACUUAAUCCAUUAUUUUAAUGUUUUUAAAAAUGUUUUUAGAAACAUUUUUAAAACAAACAUUUUGUCUUGCUCAUUUUAGGGCAGGCUAUAUCUAUCGGCAAAUUGACAGCUCCUUUUCCUUAUAUUUGCAAUGUUUGUUUCGCAUAUAAUAAAAUCGAUUGAAUAUUUUUGAUAUAUUUUAAUAUUUUGAUGAAAAGGAGUAUCUUAUUCAGGAAAUAUUGAGUUUAUGUAGAAUAAAUUUGUUUGCACUAUACUUGCAUGAUAUUCGCAUCGAAGCGAUCGAAUAUAUAUACAAUUAUCUAUAAUCACUCAGUAAUCAUCUAUCAGUUACGCAAGUAAUAAAAAAGAGCAAGGUCUCAAAGAAUACACAGAAAUGUAAGGUAUGUCUCUCUCUUUUCGCGAUCUAUACGUUUCCAAUUUUUUGGGCGUAAAAGAUGUGCAGACUUGCGUGACAUUAUUGCAAUCCAGAUAUUAUUAUGAUAACGUGAGAGAGAGACAAUGGAAAUCGUGUUAUCGUCCGUUGCAGUGAUAUGACGCACGAUAACACGUUACAAGUGUGAAUGGAUCUUAACGCAUAACGCAACAAAACAUAUGUGCGAGCACGGGGCGUCGCGCGAGGAUGACACGGAACUGUCCGAAGGCGUCUGGCGUCUGGCAUCUCGCGCGUGUGGAGACAGCUGGUCAGCUGGUGUGGGUCGCGAAGCGUGUGUGUGACCGGCGAGCGACGACAUGGAGAGCGCGCUGAAGCGUCGUGUUGUCACGUCGUAGAGUGUGGACAAUUCGUCGUCAUCGUCAUUGUCAUUUAAAUGACACGGCACGAUGACGCGCUCGAAGAUCCAGAAGAUGAAGUUUUUCGUAUUUCUAUUGAUCUUCCUGCUGGCGCAAACGGCGAUCUGCGAUGGGAGCUUCCGAGAGAAGAGGGACGUUACGGCUGAGGAUAAGAAGAAGGUUGCUCUCGUCAAUGAGAUCAAUAAGGGAGUCCACGAGCCGUCUGUCCGGGUUAAACAGAAGGUGGCCGAAUUGUCAUCUGACGCGAAGAAGCCGGCGACCGAUGGAAACAAGACGCAGGACAAUAUAACCUCAAAAUCGUCGUCGGACGUCACCGUGAAUAGAACGCACAUCGUGGACAAUGAGCAGCCUAGUGAGGAUCAUACGACUUUCAAUACUGGUGCUCUUGUCCGCGGUUUCUUAGUCUUUGUGGGAUUAAGCAUCCUUGUCAUGGCCUACAUCGUGUUCCGUAGCUUUAGGUUAAGUAAGACACGAGCUCAGCUGGUUCGAAAGUACGGUGUUCUUACACACAGGCAGGAUGUCGAGAUGCGACCGUUACCUUUGGAAGAGGAAGACGAUGAAGACACAACUGUUUUCGAUGCGAGCAACGUCGUGACGACCAACAUUCAGCAUCAAAAUGCAUAAAAAUUUUUGCGCAGGAAAAUACACCAUUGUGCUAUUAUAUAUAUCAUCUGUGUAAUGCUGCUCUUACAUCACACCAUGAUCUUUAUAAUAUCAGACUAAUUUUACCGUGAUCUGUUGAGAUAAGUACACGAGAGAAGGACUAUCAGAGUUCGAAGUCAGGUUUAAGACAUUUAUCAGCAUUUUAAAAAGUAAUUUGCUUUGUGCGACAAGAUUAUUAUCCAAUAUGCAUCUGUGAUGCACUUAUCAUUGACAUAUUAUGCUUGUCAGCAAUAGAUGUACUUUUCCUAACAAAAAAGAAAAGAAAGAUGUUUCUACUAAUAUUCUCCACCCUAUUAUAAUAUUGCUAUGUGAUAAUGUACAAUUUUAGAUAUGUAUCAUCUGCGAGUUAAUGAAAAAGUUAAUGGGUGGCUAUAUCUCUACUCUUAUACACAGAUUAUAUUUUAAUUAAUCUACGUUGUUAUAUAAUUAAAAUUAUACAAAUACA